AUGCGAAAUAGGUGCAUUGUGCCGCUUGAUCUUGGCAAUUUUGAUGACUUCAACUUACAAGAUGCAUUUGAAACUACAAAGAAGCCUCUUCCAUCUCGGAAGCCACCAUCAUCGGAUUCCGAUGAAUUCAGCUUGGAACACGCUCUUCAGCCUGAUGACCCCAAGCCAGGUCCGCCUGCGAAUCCCAGAGACACUGAUAACCCCAAGCAAGGUCCACCUGCACAUCCUAAAGACACUGGCAACCUUGAUGAUUCAGAUCUAUACGAUGGCAGUUUACCAAAAGGAGGAGGCGAUGGUAGUGGCAGCAAUGAACGAAAGGGACCAAGUCUAAAUAAUGGUGAAGCAGCUGAGGCUUCUCAGGGAGCAAUAGCUGGAAUUGUAAGUGCUGUGGUUGCUACUGUAAUUGGAGCAGUAUCUAGUUUCAUUGCUUACCAGAAGAAGAAACUCUGUUUCAAACAAAGCGCAGAUGAAGAGAAUGUGAAUAUGGAAAGCCAUCGGGGAGCACAAUCUGAGCCACCUGUUCAGCGCACGCUUCUGGAGAACUAAAUUGAAGAAAACAUGAAGAACAGACCAUUGAAACUGGAUAGAGAGCCUGCAUUCUGCCUG